AAAGUAACCUUUGCCAAUUUGACCCCAGAUUACUCAAUCCGAACGUGUUUGAAGUUUGAACGACCCAUUUACGACCACUAGCAAAAGGGCUGAAAUCAAAUACUGAGUAACUAGUACUACUUUAGUACUUUGCCACUUUAGGCUCUAUCAAAUGUUAUGUUCUUCCCCCGCACGGCCGCGCCUCACCAUUUCUGACUUGCAGGAGCUAUCAAACACGACAGCAAACAAGCUCUGAGUUUCCAUGAUCAGGUCAGUUUCAAAUCAUUUAAAGGUCAAAUCUUUCUUUCCAAUUUCGUUUCUGGGUAACUUUAGGUUUUGCUCAUUUCACCUGCUUUCAAGUAUUUCUCUGUAUAUUAUCAUUCAAACACAAGGUUAAACCCUAAAACAGUUUAAAUUAAGAACACCCUUUUAUUAAAUUUGCUUAAUUCUCAAAUUUUGCAAUGAAAGUUUCUGGUUUGAGCAAUUCCUCAAUUCUAGGUAAUUUAGCAAGAAAGAAACGGAAUGUAAUUCCAAUUCCACAUGGAACAAUUCCUGAACCAAAAGGUCAAGACCUUGAUUUUGUGAAUGUAGCACAUAGCCAUCUUAUACACUCUGAUUGGGGAAAAUUGGAGAAAUUAUCUAGUGGUUUUACCCCAUUUAGAUUUAAGCAUGUAUUGUUGAAGAUUAAGAAGGAUUAUGUUCUUUCAUAUGAGUUUUAUAAAUGGGUUCAGCUCAAAAACCCUAAGUUUCACAACCUUGAAACUCAUUCCAUGAUUCUCCAUGUUUUGACCAAACACCGGAAAUUUAAGUCUUCUCAGUCGAUUAUGAAGGAUAUACUGAGUUCGCGGUCUAUUGAUUUGCCACAUAAGUUGUUUGAGGCUAUAUUGUACUCGUAUCGAUUGUGUGAUUCGUCUGCUCUUGUGUUUGACUCGCUUUUUAAGACUCAUGCCCAUAUGAAGAAGUUUAGGAAUGCUACCGCGACCUUUUGCCACAUGAAGGAUUAUGGGUUUCUUCCUACAAUAGAGUCUUGUAAUGCUUACAUGAGUUCAUUGCAUAGUUUGAAUCAGGAAAAAAUUGCAUUGGCUUUUUAUAAGGAGAUUCGGAAAAAUGGAAUUAUGCCAAAUGUUUAUACUAUGAACAUGGUUAUUUAUGCUCAUUGUAAGCUUGGUAGUUUGGAAAAGGCCUUGGAGGUGUUUCAGGAUAUGGCAAGUAUGGGUAUCUUUCCUACUGCAGCAUCACAUAAUAUACUUAUGUCUGGGUAUUGCAAUAAGGGCCUCUUCACUUCUGCCGUGAAGCUAAAAGCCUUGAUGGAUAAGAACGGAUUAAAGCCGGAUAGUGUCACUUAUAACACCCUCAUCAAUGGAUUUUGCAAGCAAGGGAAAUUGCAUGACGCGAACAAGGUUUUUAGUGAGAUGAAAGCUGCACGUGUGCCUCCAAAUACUGUAACUUACAAUACUUUCAUAAAUGGAUAUAGCCAGUGGGGUAAUAGUGAGAUGGGAUAUGAACUUUAUGAAGAGAUGCUGAAAGAUGGGGUUAAGGUUGAUAUUGUGACGUAUAAUGCUUUGAUAUUGGGAUUCUGCAAGGAGGGCAAGACUAAGAAAGCAGCCAUUAUGGUUAAAGAACUUGACAAGCAGAAUUUAGCCCCAAAUUCCUCAACCUAUUCUGCUCUUAUUUUAGGGCAGUGCAAGAGAAAAAAUUCUGAACGUGCAUUUCAAUUGUACAAGAGUAUGAUAAGAAAUGGUUGUUAUCCAACUAGUAAUACAUUUGAGAUUUUGAUCUCUUCUUUCUGUCAGAAUCGUGAUUUUGAUGGAGCAGUUCAGGUUCUGAGGGAAAUGCUAGGGAGAAGUAUGGCUCCUGGUCCAGAAAUUCUCUCUGAGCUGUGCAAUGGGCUUUGCCAAAAUGGAAAUGAAGAUUUGGCCGUAAGCUUGCGCAAUGAGGUGGAAGCUAGAUGUCGUAGCUGAGGCUGAGGGGUUUUGGAGUCGCCACAAGGUUCUGUUGGAAGUCUGAAACAGAAUGGCUUUACAGCCUUCACCUGAUGAGCUCCACUUUUGAGGACAUUGGGAGUUUUCGAUGUUGCAUUGUAGAACUACUAGAGGUCCAUUGAGGACCUUAAUGUUCCCGGUGUCUAUGUUAGGCAGGCAGUCGGGAGAUUGUUACAUGGCAAGUCUGUAAAUGGAUAUAGCUCUACAACUGGGCUGACAAAGCAGGAGUUAAUAGGAGUUGGUCUAAAUCAACUCUUCUUAUGGGAUCUUCUUUGAGAAAACUUUGGCAGAGGGAGCUGAUUUUAGAGUUCUUAGAGGAUGAGUAGUGCUAUUGUAUAAGAACCAUGAUCAUCGUAAUCUCUAAGCAGUCUACCACAAGUUCACAACUCAUCCGUCACCUAUUGUUUAAGAACCAUGCUCACCAUCAUUGGAUUGUUACGAAUCAACUGAGAGGUACAGCAGGCCGGCAGCGUGUUUACCAUUUUAUCUUUAUCUUUUUACAAGGAGGAUGGGGAUGUACUCAAUACCACCCCAAUGUUAAAACUUAGAACUAUCAAGAGGUGAUUUUGAUUAUGACUUUGUAAGAUGUUACAACUUUACUUAUGUUAUAUUGUUACUGUAAAGUUAACCCUUCAAAGUUCAUACUGGAAAUACCCAUAUUGCAUCAGACAAGAAAUGAAUGUAGCAUGUAUUGAAUCGA